AUGGAUACAAAACUUGUGGUUCUAGUCGCUCUCUUUGGAGCCUGCAUGGCAGGUAUGCCAAGACAUGUGGAUAAACGUUCACCCACUGCUUGUUAUGCUGGCUGCCCAGCUUUCUGUGCACCCGCUUGUAUGCCAGUAUGUUGUAUUCCACAACCACCACCACCACCAGGACCACCAGGAUACCCAGGACCAUUAGGUGCACCAGGACCAGCAGGACCUAAUGGACCACCUGGACCACCAGGACCUCCAGGACCACCAGGACUUCCAGGACCACCAGGACCACCAGGAGCUCCAGCUGGACCACCCGGACCACCAGGAGGACCAGGACCCAAUGGACCACCAGGACCACCAGGACCACCAGGUAUGCCAGGACCACAAGGACCAAAUGGACCACCAGGACCAAAUGGACCCCCAGCACCACCACCACCACCACCCCCACCACCACCACCACCACCACCACCAUGCCCAGCUAUCUGCGUUAUGCAGUGCGUACCAUCUUGCCCACCACCCUGUUGUCCACAGAAGAAGCAUUAG